AUGCCAGAUAAAGUGGAUCGUACACAGUUAUCGCUACCACUGGUAGUUGGCGCACAUUACGUGCAAGGCAGCGAUGAGGCUCAGCCGCCCACGCAGCAGAGGAUUGUUGAUCGUUGCGAGACGUUCUGCAUUUUUCUGGAGGAUAUAACACCGGAAGAGAUUUUAAAUUACAGAUUUUUUAUAAUAGUAAAAUCACUGGACGAUCUAAUUGAUAUUCCAUCGCCAUCGAAAAGCAUAACACCGCAGGAUGAAGUGAAUGCCACUGAAUUUACAGUAAAUUUUUCGAAAACUUAUUUCGCCAAAUUUUCGCUAAAUUAUUACCAAAAUGCUGUAGUUGAUGUUAUCCAAAAUGCACAUUUCCCUGGAAACCCUAACCCGGUGAAAUCUCAUCAGGUACCACGAAGCAAAUCUAUUGAAAGUCGUAACAGCCGAAUACAUCCACACCUGGAGCGCCGUGAUAGUGUUAUGAAAAUGGCUUAUGAAAGGUUUUCGACAAUUAUCCAAUGGUCAAUUUUUCCGCCACUGACUUCGAUGAAGGUCUGGGAGCAGGCGUCAUUUACUGCAGGCGUUACGGGAGCUCUUUAG